UCGUCCUCAGUCGAUAAGUUUUCUCCAAAGCAACGCCGUGCGAGUCGGAUAUACGUCUCUCCAAAUUUUCAGUAACAUGGAUCGGUGGGUAGGGAAAACCGCCCUCGUUACCGGGGCGAGUUCCGGUAUCGGUGCGGCGAUAGCGGAGGAUCUGGUGAAAAACGGUCUCCAGGUAGUCGCUGUUGCCAGGCGAGUGAAAAAGAUCGAAGAACUCGGCAGAAGACUGAUCGGAGCCAAGGGGAUUUUGUACGCCAAGAAGUGCGACCUCUCCAACGAGAACGAUAUCCUCCAGGUGUUCGCCUGGAUAAAGAAACACUUCGGCGGUGUCGACGUCCUCGUAAACAACGCCGCGCUGAUCGUACCGGCGCUACUCACCGACGGAGAGACGGAGGGCGUCGAACGAAUGAUGACGGUGAACGUCCUCGCCGCCGCCAUAACGACGAGGGAGGCUGUGCGGUCCAUGAAGGAGCGUAAAUUCGCCGGUCACAUCUUCAACAUCAACAGCGUGAGGGGCCACUACUUGGGUGGUUACGAGGCUGAUUACGAAUCACUUUAUCCAGCCACGAAAUUCGCGCUCAAAGCUAUGACGGAAGUCACGAGGAAGGAAUUGGUCCUGGCCAAGUCGAAAAUCAAAAUUACGAGCAUAAGUCCGGGUAUAGUGAAGACGGAAUUUCCCAAUGCAUCCGGUAAAGAAUUUUUCUCUCCCGAAUUGCUAGCGUCCAUUCCGAGACUGGAAGCGGAGGACGUUGCGAAGGCCGUAAACUACGCAUUGGCGACACCGCCUCACCUUCAGGUCUGCGAGCUGUUGAUUCGCGCCGUUGGAGAAACGUUUUAAGCACCGCACACGUGAUUCUAAUGACAACAGCAGAGCUGAUAUCCGCGCAUCACCGUACGUGGAACGAUGUCUAAUUUUUGACCAGCCAAAAUCCAUUUACUUUCUAUUGCAUGAUAUUAUAGCCUCGCGUCGAUGUUAUCCGAGAAUCUUCUUUUAUUUUCCACCAAAAAUAUACGUGUGGAUCAGGGCGA